AUGAAAGCCGCAGCGUUGCUCGUAGCCUGGCACGAUGAGAAUGCACCUAUUUACUCCGCACACUUCGAACUUCAUGGCAAAGGGAGGCUGGCCACUGCGGGAGGUGACCAUCAUGUGAGGUUAUGGCGAGUCGAACCUACUGGCGAAGAUCGCAAGGUCACGUACCUGUCAACACUAGCGAAGCACACACAAGCCGUCAAUGUUGUACGGUGGUGUCCCAAAGGCGAGCUGUUGGCUUCGGCGGGUGACGAUGGCAAUGUGCUGCUAUGGACGCCGUCAGAGAACCCAGCUCUGCAGUCCAGCUUUGGGGAAGAGGACAGGGGUGACGUUGAGCACUGGCGUGUGAAGACGAUGUGUAGGUCGAAUACGGGAGCGGAGAUAUAUGAUCUGGCAUGGUCACCAGAUGGCCUGUUCUUCAUCACUGGGAGCAUGGACAAUGUGGCACGCAUAUACAACGUUUCAAGCGGCACAUGUGUACGGCAAAUCGCAGAGCACAAUCAUUACGUGCAGGGUGUGGCCUGGGACCCGCUCAAUGAAUAUGUAGCGACUCAGUCCUCUGAUCGGUCGGUGCACAUAUACACUCUCAGAUCGAAGGAUGGCUCGUUCUCACUGGCACAACACAACAAGGUCACAAGGAUGGAUGUCCCUACCCGCCGCAUCUCGUCAAACAGUCCGGCACCUCCGGACUUUACAAGCAAUCACCGUGCCUCUCUCGCUCAAGAUGGCGUAACGGAAGCAAUAGGGUCACCUCGACCAUCAGCACCUGGCACGCCACAAUCUCUCGCCUUACCAAUGAACCCACCACCCACCUCACAUAGCCGGAAGUCGUCAUUCGGGUCACAGAUGGGCCAGUCGAUGAGACGCUCAGUCUCGCCGAGCCCGUCAAUGCCGUUGCCCGCCGUCAUGCCAUCUGCUUCCCCUAGCUUGUCUGGCGGACUCAGCUUUGGCACGCGCAACACGAACAUCUACGCCAAUGAGACAUUUACCUCUUUCUUCCGCCGGCUGACGUUUGCUCCGGACGGCAGCUUGCUCUUCACACCUGCAGGCCAGUAUAAGAGUUCGCAUGCUGCGGCCGCGGACGGCUCGAAAGUGGCAGACGACAUCAUCAACACUGUGUAUAUAUACACUCGAGGUGGGCUGAACAAGCCUCCUAUGGCCUAUCUGCCCGGUCACAAGAAGCCCUCGGUAGCCGUAAGAUGCUCCCCGAUAUAUUACACAUUGCGCGGCGCAAGCACCGAGACCAAGGAGAUCACGAUCGAUUCCGGGACAGAAGAAGAUAUAGCGCCGUUACCGGAACCAGCUAUGCCAUCGAUGGCACCGCCGACUUCCUUGUCCACUAUGGAUCCUCCACCUCUUAGCGCACCUUCACCGUCACCCAGCGCAGCAGCCAUGGCAUCUCCGCGCAGCCACUUUUUGGAUGCGGAGCCGACUGCUGGGACGCCAGUACCUCCUCCGCCCGGGCCGGCACCUGCGUUCGGCUUGCCGUACCGCCUCAUCUAUGCUGUGGCGACGCAAGAUGCAGUGUACCUCUACGAUACCCAGCAGCAGCGACCAGUCUGCAUCGUCAGCAACUUACAUUACGCCACCUUCACCGACCUGACAUGGUCAACUGAUGGCCAAACCCUCCUCAUGACCUCAUCCGACGGCUUCUGCUCGGCGCUCACAUUCGCACCUGGUGAGCUAGGUAACAUCUACCAACCACCUGCGACCGCCGCGAGACACACGCCAACCCCGAUAUCAGUAGCUGUAGCCAACUCGGCAGCUUCAACACCACAAGCAACACCCACAAACGCAUCGGCGCCUACCCCGGCGUCAUUCAUGCCCACUCUCGUCCGCCAACCGUCCUCCCAAAACGGCACACCCGCACCACCCAUACCAAACCCAACACCCUCACCCUUUACCUCCGCCCCCCGCCCAGCCUCACCCGCAAGAAGCAUGUCAGCCUCAAGCAUAGCAACCGAAGCCAGCUUCGCCCGCGCACCCGACCAAAACGCUCCACCCACCAUGAACUACCCAACGCCGAGCCUAAGCUUCAUGCCCUCCGUCGCAGCAGCAGGAUCAAGUGUCCCGCUCUUCACGCCCCCGCAGACGCCGGGCCACCAUGUUAAUGGCUCGGUGGGGAGUGUGUCUAGUGUCUCUUUGGCGGGGAUGAAACGGCCGAGCGAUGCUUCCGAAGCUGCGGUUGAGGAGGGGCAGAGGGAGAAGAGGCGGAGGAUUGCGCCUACGCCUGUUGUUGAUUUUGACGCGCCUGCCGCUUCUGAACCGCGGCCGCCGGCUUCUGGAAAGGAUGGUGGCGCAGGUGAUGGCUGA